AUGACAAGCUCGACCUACAAUAGCCGAUUCAAAGACAAAGACCGAAGAGGCAAUGCAGACAGAGGAACUGUAGACGAUGAGCAGAGCAAUAGCGAUGAUGAAGAAAAAUUCUCAACGUCGAAAUUCUUGGCCGCUGGUGGAGGACUUCCAACGCAGGAUGGUACGUCACCUGUGUUAAUCUACCAGCAGACGAAGAAUCGUUUGAUCGCUCGAUUGUAUUCGGCCGUUACUCGUGCAAAAACUACUGAUGAUUACAAGAUCCUACCCAUUGCUUAUGGAGUUGUCAAGUUGCAUACAAUGCGAAAGAUCAAGAAAAGGUGUGAACUAGUGGUAUUGAAGUUUGUCUUCAAGUCAAGGAUUUUUGUCGACAGUUGGAUACAUCAUGAAGUACUCCGUCAGAGAUACACAUUCCAUACACCCCGGCACCUCUCUCAUUAUAAUGAACGAUAUUACUACAUUGAAUCUCCACGGACGGGAAUGGACUUGUUUGGGUACAUAGAUCGAUGCCCGAAACUGAAAUCAAAUCGAGUUGCCUGUGCGGUUGGGCGUUUGCACAAGAAUGAUGUCGUGAAUAGGGAUAGCAAAGACGAGAUUGUUAUUUUGGAUGAGGAUGGUAACAUACGGUUGAUUGAUUUUGCAAGUGUUGCAUAUAUUCAAGAAGGCAAACAGUACAAUACAUUCCGUGGAACUUUGGAUUAUGAUUAUGCUGCGCCUGAGACGUUGACUGGUCAGGAAUAUGACAGUCCUCCGCAAGAUAUCAAGAAGGUGCAGGUUGGACAUUGUUAUGAGCUAUUCGUGACUACAGACGAGACGGAUUUGACAGCGAUGGUCCAGGCAUGUUAUAUUUUCUAUCAGUUGUCCAACUGCGUUCUGAAAAUGCAAGCCACGGACGGGAGGUCUCCGUGGGCAAUAUAUCAUCUUCACGUGUUACAGUCUUCGCUUAACCCUCACGAAUUGAUAAACAGACAGCGCGACGUUCGACACAAUUAUCAAUUUGAGUGUUUAAGGAGAAAGCAGCGGGCUUUGGACUAUAUGGUUACUUGGUCACCAACUCUGUCUCACACCGUUCGGGAGAUUCCAAUACGACUAGUCCCCAUCGACCGGUUCCUCUUUCACCAUCAUCACCACGCUUUGCCAAUAAAACAGCGUGCAAGCAAAGUUCAAGAAGUUCUCCAAAUUAUGGUCCGGAACUGUGACACCUCAUCUUCUGACAAGCUUCAUGAAAGACAGAUCAAAGAAUUAAACGAACGAAAAUCAGAGCUUUCCCUCAAGAUGAGCUACAACGGAGUUGAACGAACGAUUGCAAAGGGAACAGGAUAA